AUGUGCAUCAAACGGUUGUGGAGAAUGAAAACAAAAAAGCAAACUCUAUCAAGAAAAAACCGCUACAUUUGGGAACUUCAACGACCCUCUUGAACUUUCAAACUAUGAAAUUUUCUUCAUGAUUUUGGUCAAAAGAAUAAUCUAAAACCAUAAAAAGACCAAACAUAAUUAAGAGAAAACACUGAAAAAGCAAGAACAGGAGAAGAGACAAAAGAAGAAUGGAGUAUCAAUCUUUUGGAAGGUGCCAAAAACCAAAAGGGUCAAACAUAAAACAGGUAUUGAAGUUGAUGUUAGUUUUGGUGUUUUCUGGUUGGUUGCUGUAUCAGAUCAAGCAGACAGAAACAAAGAAUUAUGGUGGUCAAACCAAGCUUGUUGCAGGAUGUGGUGGAGUUAAAUUGUUGGGACGGAAAGGGAUGUCGACGCGAUUGGAUGAAAGAUCUCUUCCUGAAUCAAGAAAGGUUGAUUCUGUAGGAGAAGCUAGGGGAAUGGAUCAUGUAUCUGAUGGAGCCGUAGAUGCUGGCGUAAUAAUGGAGGAAAUAGAUGAGGUUCAAAGUUAUCGUGAUGAAAAUGGUGUUCCACCCGACAGUAAUGAAGACACCGAAAUUAAAGAGGUGAAAAACGAGAUGCAUGAAAAUGUUGCAGUGACUGCUGCAAAUGCUGGUGUAAUAAUGGAGGAAAUAGAUGUAGUCCAAAGCUAUCAUGAUGAAAAUGGUGUUCCACCCGACAGCAAUGAAGGCACCGAAAUUAAAGAGGAUGAAAACGAGAUGUAUGAAAAUGUGGUGGCGAGUACUGCUAAUGUUGGUGUAAUAAUGGAGGAAAUAGAUGAAGCCCAAAGCUUUCAUGAUGAAAAUGGUGUUCCGCCCGAGAGUAAUGAAGAAAACAUUUCAACUUUUAGCGAGGUAAAUUGGCUUAAAAAGAUCAAUAUUCGUGAUGUCACAAAUGGAGAAGAUAAUGAUGUCGAAAUGAAAUUGGAAGGAUCGAUGAACGCUACUCAAGACAGCGAAGAAAUAAAUAUGGGAACUACUACUUAUGUUGAUACUUCAGGUUCACAAUCAAGAAAUAUUUGGAGAUAGCUUGGUUUAAAGAGAUUGUAAAUAUGUUUAUCAUCGUUGUAAACAAAAGGUUAUAGAUGCCAGAAAAAGUUGUAAGAAGGUGUAAGUCCUAGGAUCAGAGGAUGUAUUUUUUCUAUAAAUCAUGAACAUAUAUGAUGUAAUCUUCCUCUCAGAA